GCGGCCGCGGCGGCGGCCAUGGAGGAGUGGGGCCGGGCCUACGCGCGGCUGUGCGCGGCGCCGCAGGAGCCGGUGCUGCGGCGGCUGCGGGAGGGCGGCCGCGGCCGCCUGGACCUGGCGGCUCAGGGCCUGUCGCUGGAGACGUGCGGCGCGCUGGGCCGGUUGCUGCCGGGCGCCGCGCCCUUCGCCGAGCUGGCGCUCGCUGACUGCGGCCUGAGCGAGGAAGGUGUAAAACUUCUGUUGCAUGGUCUUUGCUCCAACACCACAGUCAGAUCUUUAGAUUUGAAGGGCAAUAACCUGCGAACCAUGGGAGCUGAGGCUUUGGGAAAACUGCUUAGGCAGAACAAAUCCAUCAGGAGCCUCAUCUUGGAAUGGAACAGCCUUGGCUUGUGGGAGGAGGGCUUCUCCUUUUUCUGCCAAGGACUGGGAGCAAACAACUCUCUCCAGCGGCUGGAUCUGCGCAAUAACCAGAUCAACCAUCAAGGGGCUGGAGAGCUGGCCAUGGCACUGAAACAAAAUGCCAGUCUUCAGGAGCUGGAUUUGCGUUGGAAUAAUAUUGGUCUUCUGGGGGGACGAGCUUUGCUGAACUGUCUGCACAGCAACAAGACCCUGAAGAGGCUGGAGCUGGCUGGGAACAAUGUUCCUAGUGACAUCCUGAAAGCUGUAGAACAAGCCAUGGAUCACAACAAAGACCGUCAGACUAUCCUGAGUGAGACCCAGAACCGAACAUCUGUGCUAGCCAAGGAGAUUCUGAGUCUGAAGGAUGAGAAGACCAAGCAGUUCUUAGAUUUGAUGGACACUAUAGACAAGCAGAGAGAAGAAAUAACCAGGAGUGACAGGGUGUCUGCAGCACGAGUCAGCCAGCUGCAGGAAGCAUUGGAUGAGCAACACUCUAUGAUGAAUUCACUGAAAGCCAAGCUGCAGAUGACUGAAGCUGCUCUGGCUCUGUCUGAGCAGAAGGUGCACAAUUUGGGAGAGCUACUGAAUGCAGCAAAACAGGAACAAACCAGCAUGGCUGAGCACCACUUCUUGGAGCUCCAGCAGCAAAAGCAGGAAAGUGCUGAUCGGGAAGGCAAGCUUUUGCAUGACUUGUCUGCUGCCAGUGAGAAAAAUCUCCUUCUAAGAAACCAGGUGGAUGAGUUGGAGAAGAAGUGCAGAGUUCAGCAGGAUCAGUUAUUCCAGGUAAAACAAGACUUGACCAACACAACAGCAGAGCUGAAGCUGCGGAAUGUGCAGGCUGAGGAACGACUGGAGGUAGAGAAGAAAAAAUUUAAACAAAGCCUUGAAGACAUGGAAUCCCUUCGAGUAAAAGAGGUGGAUCAUAUGGCACAGCACUUUGAGGCCAGGGAACGUUCCAUGCAGGACAGGAUCCAGAGGCUGGAGGCCAGCAAGAUAGCUCUGGAGGAGGAGCUGAGCCAAGUCAAAGCAACUUCACUCACUGAGCGAGGAAAGGCAGAGGAGGAGUUAAUAAAAGUCCGGAAUCAAGCACGGUUGGAGGAGCAGCAACGACUAGAACACUUAGAAGAGAAACUGCGUCUGAUGACCGAGUCACGGGAUGAAGCUCAGAACUUCUGCCUUAAGCAAAAACAAAUGGUUGCUGAGGCCCAGGCCAAAGCCAGUCAGUUCGGCCUGCAGGCUGAUGGACUCAGGAGGCGGCUAGAGGAACUUCAGCAGGACCUGAACAGCAAGGAAGAGGAGAAGGUGGCAGAGGUGAAUAAAGUGAAAGUUGAGUUACAGGAGCAGAUUGGACACCUGCAGGCUGAACGCACAGCACAGGACGGGCUGAGAGAGAAGAUUGCAGCCCUGGAGAGACAGAUGAAAGCCCUGUCAAGUAGCCACCGUGAGGCACUGCUGGACAAAGAAAGUGAAAUCUCUAUACUUCUGGAGAAGCUGAGAAUGAAAGAGGCUGACAUCUCCAGGAUGAGAGAACAAGAGGCCCAGCGAGCAAGUUUCUUGCAGAAUGCCAUCAUGGCAUAUGUGCAGGGCUCCCCCUUGGAAACCCACAGUUCUAGGAAAUGAGAGUGUGGAUUGUCAAGAAAAGGGUGAGCAAUUCAGGUACAGACCCUUCUUUCAAAAUGGGACAAUUUUGUCAGAGUGGGGUGACAUGAAGGCUUUCAAACAUGGAAAAUUGCCCUUGCUCUUCAGAAA